UUUGGAUACGGACACCAGGUGAUACUUCCUGCGGCAUCCGCUGCUCUUUUUUUAAGAAAAACAACAUUCCAGAAAUAUUCAAUCUUUUUUAUUUUUUUUUUUACUCUGAAAUCCAAAUACCAAUGGCUGCUCCCACCUCCAACCGCCUCCCGUUUCUGCUGAGGGGUCGCUUCCCACUGCGCCCCCGGCCCACCACGACCAGACCACUUCCCUUGGGAACUGCGCGACGAUACGGAACGAACGUUGAGGAUAAGAAUGAGCUGGACAAGGAGUCAAGAGAGGGCGCCCAACACGAUGCUGCCGCUGACCAGGCCACCGACACAUCAAGGUCCGACACCAAGUCUGCCCAGGCCAUCGCAGACGAGGCCUCGAGCAGAUCCGACUCGGAGUCUUCGGUUGUCAGCGACCUCAAGGACUGGGAGACGAAUCCAAACUUUAAGAUCGAAUCCUUUUCCGACCUACCCCACGCCAACUUUGGCGUCAACCAACACAUACCGUUCGACGCCGAGUUCAAGGAAGUCUUGAAGGCUAUCCCUUGGGCGUUCCGGGCGCCGAUCCGUUAUGCAUUUGCUUAUGGAUCCGGAGUGUUUCCACAGUCGAAAUCCAACGGCAAAACGGCAACCCCCGAAGAAGUAAAGGCUAUACAUCCAAAAUGCCCACCAGCGGUAGCAAGACAUCAAGAUGGCACACCGAAAAUGAUUGACUUUAUCUUUGGCGUGUCCCACACGCAACACUGGCACUCUCUCAAUAUGAAACAACACCGCGAUCAUUACUCGGGCCUUGCCACGCUCGGGUCGGGGGCCGUAUCUUAUGUGCAGGACAGAAUGGGUGCUGGUGUCUACUUUAACCCAUAUGUUGUUGUCAACGGGAUUUUGAUCAAGUACGGAGUGGUGCUGCUAAAGACACUGGAGGAAGACCUGACCAACUGGGACACACUGUAUCUGGCCGGUCGGUUGCACAAGCCAGUGAAGAUUCUGCGCGAUGACCCCAAGAUUCGUCUCGCCAACCAGAUCAACCUGCUUUCUGCUUUGAGGACGGCCCUGCUGCUGUUGCCGCCAAAGUUCACCGAAGAAGAGCUCUAUGCCACCAUUGCCGGCAUCAGCUACCUCGGCGACCCACGAAUGGCCCUGCCAACGGAGAACCCAAGCAAGGUCAAGAACAUUGUCGGCAACAACAUGACCAACUUUAGACGGCUGUAUCUCCCACUUAUCGAGACGCUCCCCAACGUCGAGUUCAACGACCCGGGAACCAGCGCCAAGGACUGGGUGUGGGAGGCUAGCAACCUCAACCUCGCUCAGGAUAUGGACCCUGUCAAACGCGGCAACAUGGUGCGCCGGCUGCCAAGGUCAUUCCGGUCACGUCUCUACUUUCAGUACCAGAGGAAAUUCGCCAUACCGCAGCUAGAGUUCAACAAGAUGAUGGAGGAAAGUAAGAAUGAGGACUCGAUCUCAUUCAAGCGUCGCGAGGGCGGCGGGUUUGAGAGGCGUAUUGUGCAGGACGACCCCACCGAGCUGCGCAGCUAUAUUCGGGAGGUGAUUAAGCAGACUAUCAGCUGGCCGGCCACGACACAAUCCUUGAAGGGACCCCUCACCAGCGGCUGGACGAGGACGUGGCGGUAUCUGAUGGAGAAGAUGGCCAAAUACCGCGAGGGAAAGGCCAAGGAGGCUGAGGAAAAGGAGGAGAGCGAGGAGAAGAAGGCUUGAUGUACUUUUAUGAUGACAAUAAUGAGCGUUGUUUUUGGGCUACAUUGGCUGGAAGCGGUGGUUCGGGUUGUGCUGUGUCAUGAUACACGGGCCUCGUGUUUUUUUUAAGUGUACAUAUCACCAUGCAUGACUGUAGAAUAGAGGUUGGCGUUUUGUUACUAUGAGCGAUUGAGAGGGAUGGGUCAUGAAUAGAAUGAAUAUACUUGGCAUCUUUUUUCUAUUCUAGGCAUACGUAUGUGUGGCUUUGAUGAGGGGAUGUGGUUAUAAUGCCGCGCGUGC